UAUAACUAUUAGAAGCUGAAGAUCACUGAGCUUAUAUCUCAGAAGUUAUCUGAGCAUUUGAACUGAGCCAUCACCAAGAAGAUGACUUGCCAGACUUACAACUUGUUUGUUCUGUCUGUCAUUAUGAUCUAUUAUGGACAUACUGCAAGUAGUCUAAAUCUUGUUCAACUUCAAGAUGAUAUAGACAAACUGAAAGCUGACUUUAACUCAAGCCAUUCAGAUGUAGCUGACGGUGGACCUAUUAUUGUAGAGAAACUGAAGAACUGGACAGAGAGAAACGAAAAAAGGAUCAUACUGAGCCAGAUUGUUUCAAUGUACUUGGAAAUGCUUGAAAACACUGACAAGUCAAAGCCGCACAUCAAACACAUAUCUGAGGAGCUCUACACUCUGAAAAACAACCUUCCUGAUGGCGUUAAGAAGGUGAAAGAUAUCAUGGACCUGGCAAAGCUUCGGAUGAAUGACUUGAGAAUCCAGCGCAAGGCUGCAAAUGAGCUGUUCAGCGUCUUACAGAAGCUGGUGGAUCCUCCGAGUUCCAAAAGGAAAAGGAGCCAGUCUCAGAGGAGAUGCAGCUGCUAAUGGCAUCUUAUGUGCUCAACUAUUUUAAAUUUUACAAUGCACAAUUUUUAUUUUUUAAUUUUUUUUUA